AGGGGCCAGCGGCGCCGCUGCCGCUAGCUGCAGCAAGUGCAGGGGCCGCGGCUGGCGAGGAGCCUUCGGCCCGAGGGGCCUCGGCGUCAUCCGCAGACCCUGCCGGCACUGCUCCGAGGGCCUCCUCGCCGAAGCGCCGCCGGCCCAGGGCGGGGAAGGCGGGAGCGUAACGGCCCCCGACUUCCACGACCGCGUCACCACGCCCGCAGCGCUGGCCGCGGGCGGCGUCGUGCUGGGCGUCGGCGCCGCCGUGGCCGUGGGCAUCGCUGGCGUGCCCGCGGCCGCCUGCGCGGUCGGCGGCGUGGCGGCGGGGUUCAUCCCGACGGGCCACGCCCUGUUGAACACGGCCGUGCGCAGGGCCGUGGGGGCGCUGCUGGCGGUCCGCACGAAGCUGAAGUCUCUGCCGCGCGCGGAGCGGUGGCACGCCGACCUGUCCGCAUACCUGCAGGUGACCUCUGCGACUCUUGAGCACAUUAGCACCAUGCCAGUGGAAGGCAGCACCACCACUCUGCUCGAUUGUCUGAGCGAGAUCAACGGCGUGCUGGAGAAGCUCAGCAACUUGCUCACGAAGUUCGCGGACCGUCGGAGGUUGGCGAAAGCGCUGGACCAGGAAAGUUUUCACAGCAAGCGGCAGGAGCUGAUGGACAGCCUCAGCCUGUGGAAUUCCAGCAUGACCCACGCCUUGCAGGCGCUCCACCAGGACACGCUCACCAAGGUCCUGGCGGAGGUCAGGGCGCUCGCAGCGCAGUCCAAGCAUUGAGCGGAGCCGCCCGCCGGUUAGGGGCUGUCCGCCGAUAGCGCCGUGCCCACGUGCUGGGGAAGUGAGGGGCGGUCUUUUGUACGCCUGGGCUCCGGAUGUUGCCAUGGCCGCGUCCUGGGUAUUCCAGGUGCGCCAGUGACGCAGAGCCCGAAUUCGAUUAAGCGCGUAGAGCUCCACGGAAGUUGCAGCGGUCGCAGCCUUUUUUUGUGACUGGUAUACGCAGGGUUCUUUUUCCUUCCAGCAAUGAUGCACCUGGAAGUCUGUUGGGUGAGGGCGGCCGGCAUCUGUGGCACUGCCUGCUCCGAUGGCGACCGCAAAGCGGCCCGAGCAGGGGAAGGAGCAGGGCGAGG